GCCCCAAGGAGCACGCUCAGGCGGGUUCCCUGGACCGGGUUGACGGACGGACGGACGCAAGGAAGCGAGCGGCGUCUUCUUCUUCCCCCUCUCUUCUUCUCCGACCUCCUCCGCCGCGACAGAUAUUUCGACCGCCGCCGUCGAACAGACCGCACGAGCUGGGGCGAAGCCAUGAACUGCCUCCAAAACCUGCUCAAGGAGCCUCCGAUCGUGGGAUCCAGAUCGAUGAGGCGGCCCUCGCCGCUCAACCUGGCGAUGGUUCGUGGAGGGAGUCGCCGCUCGCACACCGUCAAAACCGCAUCUGGGGCGUCAACUUCGAGCGCGGAGAACAGCGCGCUGGAGCCGGGCGGGGAGAAGUCUGAUACGUAUAGCACCAACAUGACACAAGCUAUGGGAGCAGUGUUGACGUACAGACAUGAGCUUGGGAUGAAUUACAAUUUCAUAUGCCCGGACUUGAUCGUAGGCUCCUGCUUACAGAGCCCACUUGAUGUUGAUAAGCUUCGGGAGAUUGGUGUGAAAACUGUAUUCUGCUUGCAGCAAGAUCCGGACCUUGAAUAUUUUGGAGUUGACAUCUGUGCCAUUCAAGACUACUGUCUAGAAUGCAAAGAUAUUGAGCACUGCCGUGAAGAAGUUAGGGAUUUUGAUGCUUUUGAUUUGCGACUGAGGCUUCCUGCUGUGAUUAGCAAAUUAUACAAGCUUGCCAGCCAUAAUGGUGGGAUAACAUAUAUACAUUGUACAGCUGGACUUGGAAGAGCUCCUGCUGUGGCAUUGGCAUAUAUGUUCUGGAUUCUUGGUUACAAUCUUAACGAAGGACAUCAGCUACUACAGAGUAAAAGGCCUAGCUUUCCAAAGUUGGAAGCCAUUAAAUUGGCAACUGCUGACAUUCUGACGGGCUUGUCCAAAAACUGCAUCACUUUGAAGUGGAAAAAUGGUAGUUGUUCUUCUGUCGAAAUUUCUGGGCUUGACAUCGGCUGGGGACAGAAAAUUCCUCUGACAUACAAUAAGGAGGAAAAGGCUUGGUUGCUUGAGAGGGAGUUGCCUGAAGGACGGUAUGAAUACAAAUAUGUAGUGGAUGGCAACUGGGUGUGCAACGACCAUGAGAUGAAAACCAAACCAAACGCCGAUGGGCAUGUGAAUAAUUACAUCCAAGUCUCCAGGGACGGCACGAGCUCUGAAGAGCAAGAAAUGAGAGAGCGAUUGACUGGCCAAAACCCUGUUCUUACAAAAGAAGAAAGGCUGAUGAUUAAAGAGUACUUGGAACAGUACAGUGAGGGAUAGGAGAUCUUGUCUGACCUGAAACGCCAGGGGUGCAAUUCGGCUCGCUGCGAAGCUGGGAACACCUGCUGAUGAAUAGACCAUGCGGCUCCUGAGAGGCGAGGCUGCACCUGGCUCGCCACAUCGAUAGCAGCUUAACUGAAAAAAAAAAUAGAUUCCGCAUGGUAUUAAUUAUUAUUAAUCAGUAGGAUCCUCCUUUGUUAAACACAGGCUCCAUGAAACGAGCAAUCCGUGUAUACAGAAUUAAUAAGUAAAUAAAGGGCUGUGCACCUACAAGCUCCAAAACGUGUAACAUAAGUUCCUGAAUGAGAACAUCUUUCUUUGAUGCAAUGAUUUGGAUCUGAACA